CUGGGGAGGAGCGUGGCCGGGCUGGGCAGAGUCCGGCUGAGGCCCUGCAGCUGGAGGCAUGGCAGCUCCCAUCGGAGAGCAGAUCCACCAGGAGGUGCAGGACUACUACGGCAAAGAGCUGCAGAAGUCAGAGGACCUCAAAACCAAUGCGUGCAUCACCUCAGCCAGGCCUGUCUCGAAGCUGGUGAGAGAUGCUCUGGAGCACAUCCAUGAGGAGGUGAUGGCCAGGUACUACGGCUGCGGUCUGGUGAUCCCUGAGUGCCUGUCCUCGUGCUGGAUUCUGGACCUGGGCAGCGGCAGUGGCAGGGACUGCUACCUGCUGAGCCAGCUGGUCUGGGAGCAGGGCCACGUCACUGGGAUAGACAUGACCGAGGGCCAAGUUGAGGUGGCAAAGAAGCACAUUGCCUACCACAUGGAUAAGUUUGGCUACCGAAAGCCGAACGUGGAGUUCUUCCGUGGUUACAUGGAGAAGCUGGGUGAUGCUGGACUGGCUGAUGAGAGCUAUGAUAUUGUCAUCUCCAACUGCGUGAUCAACCUUGCCCCUGACAAGAGGGCUGUGCUGCAGGAGGCCUUCCGUGUGCUGAAGCCCGGGGGAGAGAUGUACUUCAGUGAUGUCUAUGCCAGCCAGCGCCUGAGCGAGAGCAUCCGGAAGCACCGGGUGUUGUGGGGAGAAUGCCUGGCAGGAGCCCUGUACUGGAGAGACCUGUACAGCAUUGCUGAGGAGGUGGGGUUCAGCCCCCCAUGCCUGGUCACCGCCAGCCCCAUCACCAUUGGCGACAAGGAGCUGGAGGGCAUUGUCGGCGACUGCCGCUUUGUUUCCGCAACUUACCGCCUGUUCAAGGUGCCGGGUGCCAGCCGGACGGGGCCAGGACGGGUCACCUACCAUGGCGGGAUUGUGGGGCACGAGCGAGAGCUGGUGUUUGAUGCCAACUUCACCUUCAAGGAAGGAGAGGUGGUGGAUGUGGAUGCUGAGAUGGCUGCGAUCUUGCAGAGCUCCAGGUUUGCUGAGAAGUUCCUGAUCCAAGCUGGUGGAGCAAAUGCUGCAGCACCGCAGGGCUGCUGUGGCAAGAGAGUGAAGGAGAAGAUCUGUGAUCCCUUCCAGCUGCUGGAGCGGCUGAGAGCCCCAGGUCCUGCCAGCUGUCUUGGUGGCACUUGUGGUCCCCCAGGGUGCUGCUGAGUGGCAGCUGGUGUCCCCCCACCUCUGCUGGAAGCAAGUGGGGUGGGAGGAUGUGUUCCCAGUGAUGUCUUCCACCAGAGAGCAAAUAAAUACAUG